AUGGGUGAAAAUGAAGGGAGAGAUGAUGAAGAUCUAGGGACAGACAUGUCUUUGCCUUGUUGGCUCUCUCCAGUGUACCUUAGACACAUCAACCAUCUCAUUCUCUGUCUGAGGACGAAUGAGGCAAACCCCUGGAGAGCUUUGGGGUGUCUGAAGCAGAAGAAAUCUGUGAUGUUAGGGGACCCUGCUAUGGUGCAAGAAUGUGUAUCAUGCCUGCUUAUCCUUAGCUUCAUUACUGAGGAAGAGAGGACCCUAGUAUGUCUGAGCACUGGUCCAGGGGUCUCUGUGACCUUCACAGGCAGCAGAGUGCUGAACAGAGGGAGGCAAGAAGGUGACUCAGCAAAAGAUGACUCAGUAGCCAGUGUUGGUGCAAACUUUGGGAGUCUGACCCCAGUUUCCCUAGUGCCUGUCUGUGAGCACAAAGACCUCUGUGACCCCGCUGUCCCUUUGGCAUUGGAAAACCUAUCAGGGGCCUCCUCCUUGGAGAAGACGGAUUCUUCCUCUCUUGGCAGCCAUUUAUUUCCUGAAGCUCUUCAUCUAGGGGUGGGAUUAUGUAUUGGUGAUGGGUGGUACCCUGUGGGUAGUUCUCUGCGCUUCAGUCAGUUGUCGAUUCCUGUUAUUAUCCCAUCUGCUGCAAAAAGAAGCUUCAUGGGUGAGGUCAUGGGGGAUUUUCCAGGUCAUGUCUUUCCCGGAACACUUUUCUUUGUCAUAGGUCUUUGGUGGAGUAUAAAGCACAUUCUGGAGCAUGUUUGUCGACAGCAAAAGAGGUCUUCCUCCCUUAUUACCAAGAAAUUCUUCUUUCGAGCAGAAAUUGUGGAAGGAAUUGUGAUUACUGGUGUGGCAUUAAUAGGAAUAAUUGGUCUGUACCUUGUGCUUGGAAAGCGAAAUCAGCUCUCGGAUAAAGAAUCCCAGUUGGUUCUAAUCCUGCACUGGCAUCAUCUGGCCAUGUAUGUCUUCUUUGCAUUGCUAGGUGGGACCAAGAUCUUAUGUUUCACCGUUCGUUCACUUCCAGUCUCUUUGGUCAAGCUAAUGUUAGCAAAUGCCUGCUUUGUGGAUGCUUUUAUUUUCCACAAUCACACACAUGGCCGGACAUUGGUGGACACCUUUGGGCACCAACUGUUGAGCUUCGCUAUAUUUUUGGCAGGUCUAGUUGCCUUUAUAGAAUUUUUCACAAAGAACAAUGUAGUUCUGGCGCUCCUGAGGUCGAGCCUCGUCAUGCUACAUGGGAUAUGGUUCUGUCAGGUUGCUUUUGUCCUGUUUCCCAAAAAUAGAGACCAUGCGUGGGACCUGUCUGAUCAUAGCAACGUUCUGUUUCUCACUGUAUGCUUUUGUUUGCAUUAUGCAUUGACCUAUGUCAUCAUUGGAAUUAAUUAUGCUCUUGUAACCUGGUUGGUGAAGUGGAGACUUAGCAAGCUCUCCACCUCAGAAACUCAACUUCUGAAAAAUCCUGAACAGCAAGAAGAUUCAGAAGAUGAAAUGUGA